GCAGUGCGCCUGCGCGCUGCACCGGACGCCCGGGCGGGAUAAUGGCGGCUGGUUGACGGGUGGGAUUUGUUUUUUAUUCCCUCCCCCCACCUUCCGUCUGGUGCGUUUGUUUCUUUCCAGCUUGUCGAGAGAUCAGAAUACACGUUAAAGGAGUGUGAGGAAGGGUCGUGCGGCGGAGUAUGGUCUGAACGAGGAGUGGGGCACCGGUCUUUGUUCUACCUUGAAGUGACAGAAACAGCCCGGGAGCCCGCCCGCACCUUUUUUCUUGUUGUUUCGCCUUUCGCCCGUCCGCGCCCCGCUCCGCUCCGCACCCCUCACCUCAUGGCCGGUCUGCGGGUGAUAAUGAACGGCGUGAGGGAGAAACUGGAGGCGGUUUUGAACGUGGCCCUGCGGGUGCCCAGCAUCAUGGUGCUGGAGAUGCUGUACCGCUGGGACGUGAGCUCCUUCUUCCAGCAGAUCCAGGCCCGCAACAACAACAACCUGCUCUUCCAGUACAAGUACCUGGCGCUCAACCUCCACUAUGUCGGUUAUAUAAUAAGUCUCGUUCUUCUAACCUUGCCUCGGCAGCACUUGGUCCAGCUCUAUCUGUAUGUUUUGACUGCACUACUCUUGUAUGCUGGGCAUCAAAUUUCCAGGGACUUUGUGAGGAGUGAGAUAGAGUUCGGCCAUGACGGACCUGUGUAUGAGGAGCCUUUGUCAUUGAACCGCUUCACUACAGCUUUGAUAGGACAACUGGUGGUGUGCACACUUUGCUCCUUUGUAAUGAAGACAAAACAGAUCUGGCUUUUUUCUGCCCACCUGCUCCCCUUGCUGGCACGAUUCUGCAUGGUUCCUGUGGAAAUGCUCAUCAUUAUCAACAGAUUUGCCAUGAUAUUCACGGGAUUGGAGGUGCUUUAUUUUCUGGCCUCGAACCUGCUGGUACCGUACAAGCUGGCCAAAUCAGCCUAUAGGGAGCUGGUGCAGGUAGUAGAAGUUUAUGGCUUGUUGGCAUUGGGAAUGUCUCUCUGGAAUCAGUUGGUUGUCCCUGUGCUCUUCAUGGUUUUCUGGCUGGUCCUGUUUGCUCUUCAGAUCUACUCUUACUUCAGUACACGCGAUCACCCUACAUCUCGUGAGAGACUGCUCUUCCUCUUCCUUACAAGUAUUGCAGAAUGUUGCAGCACUCCUUACUCUUUGCUGGGCCUCAUGUUCACAAUCUCCUUCAUUACCCUGGGUGUCCUCACACUUUGCAAAUUCUACCUUCAAGGUUAUGGCGCUUUCAUGAAUGACAAUCUAAUGCACAGAGGGAUGACUGAAGGUAUCACAUUGCUGAUCCUAGCAGUGCAGACUGGCCUGAUUGAAUUACAGGUUGUGCAUCGAGCCUUUCUGCUAAGCAUCAUCCUCUUCAUUGUGGUAGCUUCCAUUCUUCAGUCAAUGUUAGAAAUUGCUGAUCCAAUUGUUCUCGCACUUGGAGCUUCAAGAAACAAGAGUCUGUGGAAGCACUUUCGAGCAGUCAGCCUGUGUUUGUUCUUGCUGGUAUUUCCAGCUUAUAUGGCCUACAUGAUUUCUCAGUUUUUCCAGAUGGACUUUUGGCUGCUUAUCAUUAUCUCUAGCAGUGUUCUGACUUCAUUGCAGGUACUCGGAACGCUCUUCAUCUAUAUUCUUUUUAUGGUGGAGGAGUUCAGUAAGGAACCAAUGGAAAACCUUGAUGAUGUGAUCUAUUAUGUGAAUGGUACUUACCGCUUGCUUGAGUUCCUGGUGGCUUUGUGUGUUGUUGCCUAUGGUAUAGCAGAGACAAUAUUAGGAGAAUGGACUUGGAUGGGUUCAUCCAUCAUCUUUGUCCAUUCUUACUUCAAUGUCUGGCUUCGAGCACAGUUGGGAUGGAAGAGCUUUCUUCUCCGCAGGGAUGCAGCAAACAAGAUCAAUUCGCUGCCAACUGCCACUAAAGAGCAGCUUGAAGAGCACAAUGACAUUUGUUCCAUCUGUUACCAGGAUAUGCAUUCUGCAGUGAUUACACCAUGCAGCCAUUUCUUUCAUUCGGCCUGUCUCAGGAAGUGGCUAUACGUGCAGGAAACUUGUCCAUUAUGUCAUCAGCAGCUGAAAUCUCAAGGGCAGCAAGUCGGGGCAACACCACAGCAAGGGGCAGGCGAACAAUUGCCCCCUAAUGAGGGCAGAACAGAACAAGAAUUGGACGGACAAGAGUCUCCUGGUCAAGUUUCAGAUCCACCUUUAGGUUCUGAAGUUGGCGCUGUGGGGCACAACAGUGAGAGCCAGAAAGGUCUAAAUACUGAUUGUCUUUCUCAUGGUGACCCAGGCACAGAUGAUCAUCCAUGUUCAGAAAAUGGCAGAGCUGAGUUUCCAUAUCCAGCAGAACUUUCUGAGGAUGAAGAUCAGCAAUUGUCUGCAAAACAACAGAAUUUCAAUGAACAAUACAUGGAGGUGUUAGAUUCCCAUGAAGCAACAUUAUCCUUAACCUGUCAUGAUACUGCAGUGAUGUUAGAAUAAUGUUGGCAGUGGUUUUCAAUUUGAACUUGUCAGUUUAAACAAAAGGGGGAAAUAAGAUGCAUUUACAGAGAAACCGAAUGUAAUGUUCUCACAAGCAGGUCUGGAGACAUUUUCUAAGAAGGGAUCUAGUGAUUUUGUUGCCACAUCAUCUUUACAGUAUUAAGACAGCCAUGACAGAAUGGAGAGGAUGUUUUUGUUAGAUCUUUUGUAGGCAUGAAAUAAUUAGAUUGACUGGCGUAUUAUAUUUAUAUAUAAUUAGAAGCUUUAAGCAUGGUUAGAGUCACAUGCUGCAAGCAGACUUUUUAAUAAAAAAAAACAAAGUUUUGUAGCUCUAUAUUCAGCAACUGUAAUUGCACUGUCAUAGUUUAUAGUGCAUUCCAAAGUAUUAACAAGUACCUGAUGAAAGGUGCGUGAAUAACUUUGGCUUCUCUUUACCUGCUCAAUGAAGUAGACUGGAGUUUUUAUGAACACUGUGAUGCCUUUGGGGGUUCUUGAAGGGUCAUAAGUGGGAUGAACUUCAGGAUACAGAUAAGGCAGAGUUGCACGAUAAAUAUGGCACGUUUGACUUCUGAAACCUGAGGGGUACAGUAUUAUUUUCAAUUUAUCUUAUGAUUUGUGGAAAUGAUUACAUUAACUUGUAUGAUGAAACACAGCAAAAAGCCAUUUUGUAGCUCUGAUAGGUUUUGCACAGUUUUCUUUUCGGAAGAAGUGAAUACUGAUGUAUUUUCUUAAUUCAUCAUGGCUUAAGUAGGUAGGCUCACUUCUAAAUUUACUUUACUGUGUGCGUUUGAACAGAAAAGGUAAAUUUUUUUUAUUAACAAUGAGUGAACCAGAGAAAUGGGAGUCUUACUCUGUAGCUUUUGAAAGUUGACAUUCUUAAUGUGAACAAUUUGUGAACAAGCAAGCUGGUGUUGAAUAAUAAAUGAAAUCAUGGAUAGAAUCAUUCUGACCCAGUUCCUCAGGGACUUUAUUUUGAGAAUGUGUAUGUCUGAAUAAAUGCACCAAGGUCAUCAAAUGCACUGAUGCUGAUUUCUCCCCUUUCAAAGUCACUGACUCCUGAUGUAAUUCUGUACAACUGAGUACAGUGAGGAAUCAAUCAUGACAUCAUUGCUGGGUUUGUUCUUUCUCUCAUUGCCAUUCAUGUGCACAUUUGUUCAGCAAGGAUGACUAAAUAAUAAUCAGGAAUGGGAACCUUGGCUGAUUUUCAUUUCCCCUUUAUUGCCUAGAGAUCACAAGGCCAAUUUGUUACAUUGGAAUACUGCUUUGGUAGAGCCCAACUAACUUCUCACAAGCUAUGAAUUGAACUUGGAAUCAGUUUGGUGAGAUGAACUUCAAUGUCUCCCACUGAAUAUUUCAUCUUUGGCUUCUCGAUUUUGUGGUCUGUAUACCUCAUUAGGUGUUGGUCUUCACUGUUCCAUGCUGAUUUUCCCUCAUUUGGUUUAUUUUAUAGUGUUGCAUACAGAAACUCCUUGUUUUGACUCGGUACGUAUUUGAAGUCAUUUGCUCAGUAUACUCUUGAUUGCAGCUUCAAAUGUUUCAUCUUCUCAGCUGUAAAACUUCAUGAAAAAUCAACACACAUUCUCUGCACACUUUACAUCAGUUUAUUUAAAUCUGUAUUGGUUCUACUCAAGUGUCAGAUGCAUUUAGAAGAGUUAAGCCACUUAAAAGGGCUGACCUUGCAGAUGAUUUCUCAAAGCUUGCAAUAAUUUUAGUCAUAUGAGAGAGUAAUCAAUGUAAAGAAAUCUUCCCAUUUUUAUGUCCUAUGCCCACAUGGGGCACAUCUGCCGCAUUUGAUCCUCCACUGUUUCAUUACCGCAAAGGAUGUCAAAGGGACAUGUUCAUUGUUAUUGUUCAGCAAACCAGUCAACCCAAUAAUCCUCACUAACCUCGGAUGUCCAAAAAUUGGGAGAACUGUCCUUUGGAAGGGUCAAGCGACAGUUUGACAUUGUCUUUUACAUGAAAUCUCAUCUUUUGGACAGGAUUCCAGGUUCCUCCCUUAACUUCCACAGGUAUGCCCCUUCUACCAGAAGGAUCCAGAAGAGGUGACAGUGAAUCACAGAUGAGUGAGAAUAGUCUGGUAGGUCUAGACCCCAUGCAGAGCCAUAUCAGAAGGUCAAAUGUAAGAAAGGAAGCUUCCUGUUGGUUACCACUUGCAUUUUCUCAGCAAGUAAAUUGGUGAAUACUAUUCAUGAUAUAUACUUGGCCAAGAGUUCCAUUCUAUUUAAAUGGAAGGACCCUAUACCCCCUACUACAUUUCAAUGGUUUUCUCAAACUAUAACUUGUUUACACUUCGAAAAAAUUAGGAGUGGUACUGUUGAUCCUUCGCUUAAAUUUGAGGAAGUUUGGAGUCCAUUUAUUAAAUAUUUCCAUAUGAUAUAAGCAGACCUUUUUCAAAUCCCUUUCAAUAACCUAUGAAUAUAAAGAAGCAGAGCUGACAACAUAAUAUCAGUCUAGUUUUUGUUUUCUUUGAAGAUUUUAGUUUGCUUUUGUCUUAUUUUUUUGGAUUUGGGGGUUUUCUUUUCAUGUGAUCAAAUUUCUUUUCAAUUUCUUUUUUUUGCAUUAUGUACACUU